CGCUGUCCUACACAGAAGACUGGACAUUUGUACUCGCCCGAUCUCUGGCUAGCUGCAGAGCCAUCUAGUCUUUCAACGCAAGUCAGCGACCUCAUACCGAGCCAUCAACCGGCUGAAAGAGAGGGGGGGAAAUAAGCACAGAAAAAGAAAUCCACCACCGCUACAACGGAUUCCACUUUCCGGCUGCGACGUCAUUCCUCUUCCUCCCCCAGCUUCACCCAACCUACCCUUGCAGUCUCCCCCGCAUUCGGCCGGCCAAUCGAGCUGAAGCAGAUCCCCGUUAUGGCUUCGUUCAUGGAGGACCUCUGGUCCAGCAUUUUCACUCCGGGACCCACCCCCACGCUCCUUGUCGCAACCAACGUCACCUUUGCAGCUCUGCAGGCCUUGCUCUUGUCUCUCCUCCUGGCUACCUACAGCAUUCACUUCCUGGUUCUAUCCUUCCUAUCCGGUGCUCUCUGGUGGUCCAUCAACUGGUUUGCGCGGGAAGUAAGGCAGUUCCAAGCAGAGCAGGCGGAGAAAGAGAAGCAAGCGGAUAAGGAACAGGACGAGAGCUCCGAGGACAAGCCCGACAGCAGCAUCCGCAAGACUCCUGGCGCUAUUGACGCCACCGAUAGCGAUACGGAGACUGAACAAAUCGCAGGGCGCAAGGAGACGGCACCAGUGCCCACUUCCGCUCCGCGUUCCACCACUGCCUCGGCCACCCUCCAGCUCCCCGAGGCGCAAGGCGAAAUCCGGAAGCGUCUCAGCGUCAGCGGCGAGAGCUCGGGCUACCAGAGUACCGAUAGCGAAUGGGAGAAGGUGGACGAUAACCAGGCGGCCUAGGUAUGCAACCACGCAGGUGCAGCUACAUCUUGGGCCCCAGACCCGGCUCGAAUUGCUUUUUGGUUACACCUCCCUAUACAACCCUCAGAACAGACUCCAAUACAUCUGUCUCGUGGGGAUCAGAUACAUAUGUUCAGUAUUUGAGUGGCCUUGUCUUUUCCUCGCACCGACGAGAUACCCGUUAGAGAACAUGCCUUGCCGGUAGACUGAUGAUUUGCCAACGUAUCAUCAUGUUAGACUUAUUCGGUGUAUUUGAAUAACCCAUGGGGCAUAUAAGUGGUCUCUUACCACACUGGCGUUCAACAAACUGGCGGAGAAAUCAUAAGCCCCCAGUAGUACCAAUAUCGGAGAAGC